UCAGGGGGCUGAGGGCCUCUCUUCCAUCACCCAGCCAUUACCUGUGCUGAAUCCGCCAGUUGCCACUACCACACCCAGCACAGCAACAGCCAGCAGUCCCAGACUGGAACUGCCCACCCCAGCACCCCGGCGUAUUCGGAGGGACACACCACCGGAGGCGUCACCAGCACCAUCCAUCCAGUUCCCAGAGGCAAGCAGUAGGGCCGACCAGCCAAGACCAGACUGGAGACCCUAUAGUGAGCCCAGGAUACCCCAAUAUCAAACGGGGGAAGACAUUGAGAACUACUUACUACGCUUUGAGCGUAUGGCAAAAACAUGACACUGGCCAGAGAAUGAGUGGGCAUGCCGCCUAGUCCCAUUGCUGGCAGGGAAGGCACUGGAGGCCUACACAGCGAUGGACGAGGAGAGGGCCCACUGGUAUCCAGACCUGAAGACAGUGUUUCUGGCCAAAUUCGACAUCUCCCCAGAAACCUACCGGCAGCAGUUCAAGGCCAUGACGAUACCACCCGGCGAAAACCCGACUGAGACGUAUCACCACCUGAAGGGCCUCUACUGGUGCUGGACACGGCCAGAGCAGCACACCAAGGAGCAGAUCGGUGAGACCAUCAUCUUGGAGCAGCUACUGCGAGUACUGCCGCCGGAAGUAAGAACCUGGGUGAAGGAGCAUGAGCCAGCGGAGGGGCUCACAGCUGCCAGGCUCGCGGUGCAGUAUAUCAACGCUCGGAGAGGGGGCCCAGCUUCAUGCUUCACCAGCACAGCACCCCGACCAACGGUCCAACCACCGCAGCCCCGGCCCCGGAGAAGAGAAUACAGACAGGAAGUUCCAGGUACCACCACCAGCACUGCCCCAAACCAACAAGCCUCUGGUAAGGAUUUUGUGUGUUUUUAUUGCCAGCAGCCAGGCCACAAAGCAUCUGUUUGUCCCAUACGGAAGGCAAAGGUCACUGGCGCCUGCUAUGCACCACGUCCAGAGGUGGGCCCUGUUAAAAGAACAGGUCAAAUCCACCAUCAUAAAACUGUCGGUAUAAAUGGGCAGCAGGUUACUGCUCUCUUGGACACUGGGAGCUUCACGUCCUUGGUUAAGCACCGCUUGGUGCCAGUGGGCUGUGUGGACUACAGCUGA